UUCAGUCUAAUGUAACGAACACUUCGUAUCGGCUGACUGUUACACUCGCGUGUCCUGUAACACUGUAUUUGCCGCGUUUACUUUACUGAAAUUUACAAAAAAAAUACAAAGAAAAAUUUCAUGUAUCCUAGAUUGUUUCUAGUCAAUAUUUAUAAAUUAGAAAUAAGUGCCGCUUUCACAUAACUUUCUAUUAAUGGUCGAACAAGGGAAUAAAAAAAUUCCUGGCAUCAUGAGAAAGUGCUUCAAAAUGAGUCUUUUUAAAAUAAUCCCAAGUCAAAAGCACAAAGAAAAAAGCCAAGCCGCCGCGCCGGAGGACGAGGCCGACGUAGUCUCAUCUGUUAUCGGUGACUAUGGGCGCUGGCAACUGCUUAUGACGUUCCUUCUUGCCAUGUUCUCAUUUCCCUGCACAUUCCAUAUUUAUUUACCUACAUUUACAGUAAAAUCAACAAAGUUCUGGUGUCGGUUACCGGAUAACCUUGCGGGCCUACCUAUACAGGACUGGAUCAACUACAGUCAGCCAGUCGAUGCCUGUUACGUCCGUGUGUUACCUGAUGGCAUUACCGCAGAAAGUAUUUUAAACCACACAGCACCAAUACUAGACUCCUUUCAGAAGUGUCAACAAUGGGAUUUUGAUAGAUCCGAAAUCGGAGAUACAAUCAUAUCGGAAUGGAAUCUAGUCUGCGAUAGAUCGGGGUUGACUAAUCUUGCCGAAGUAGUGUUUCUAAUUGGUGUCGGAUUCGGAGGUGUUAUAGGCGGUUGGAUCUCUGACAAAUUCGGCCGAAAGCGCAUCCUAAUGGGCAUGCUGUGUCUUCAGUGUACAUUAGCAAUACUUUCGUUGUUCGUGCGCUCCUAUGUCCACUACAUCAUAGUACGACUUAUCAUGGGAUUUGUCUCAGUGUCCGUGGUCUACGCUGCCUUCGUACUUUCCGUCGAACUCGUCAGCGGUAAAUGGGUGACGAUUGCCGGCGUAUGUAAUUUCUUUCCCCUACCGCUGGCCUACAUAAUAGUAUCACUACUGUCACUACUGCUACCAAAUUGGAGGGACUUGCAACUGGCAUUAUCACUACCAGGAUGUUUGCUGUUAAUAUUAUGGUUUGUUUUGCCUGAGUCACCACGAUGGUUGAUAGGUAGGGGAAGAACUCAAGAAGCGAAAGAAAUAAUUGUUAAAGCCGCAAAAUUCAACAGACGUGAAAUUCCAGAAGAGCUAGAUAAAAUGCUUAUGAUGAGCAAACCAGAAACAGAAGCUGAGCAGCCCAGCGUACUUAUGCUUUUCAAAGGAGUUCUUCUAAUGCGUACAUUCUGUUUGUUCCUCGCGUGGUUUUCUAUGACAAUCGCAUACUACGGACUUUUAUUGAACAUUGGAAACUUGAAUUUAGGCAACUUACACGUAACGUCUAUUAUACUUGCCGUUGUUGAAAUACCGGCAAUUGCAGUGAGCAUUCCAAUAUUACUUAAAGCGGGAAGAAAAAUACCAAUCUUCAUCAGCAUGCUCGUGUGUGGGCUUGCAUGCGUUGCAAGCGAAUUAUUCUCAAUGUCCUUUGACGAUGAUUGGAUACUAAUCGCGUGUCUGAUGGUCGGAAAGUUUGCGAUCGGAUCUACGAAUAUGAUGAUGCCGAUCUUCACAGCGGAGCUUUACCCAACUUUGAUAAGAAACCUGGGUGUUGGAGCUAGUCAAGUAUCGGCUGGGUUGGCGUUAAUUUGCAUUCCCUAUCUGUGGGAAUUGACGGCAUUGAACGAACAUCUGCCAAUGGUGACGAUAGCAGCAUUAAGCGCAGUUGGCGGUGGUAUUGUUUUACUCCUACCCAAUACGACAAGUAUUAACGACAGCAAAAAACCUAACAACUCUUCACCGUGCAAUGGAGCAUUUACAAUUUCUGACGACAAAGUGCACUAGAAAAAUUAAAUAUAUGUACUGUGUAAAUAUUGUAUAUAUUUUAUCAAGUUAUUAUAGAGAUAUAACAGUAUAGUGAAAUUAUUCCGAAUUUGUUAAUUAUUAAGAUUUGUAUUAUGUAGGUUUUACUAGUUUUAAAAUAACAUAACAUGUAUUUAAAUAAUAAUUGUUUUGUGGAACAAUUUAUUUCAAAAUACAAAAAAACAAUUGGAAUUAGAUAUAUUCUGUAUUUCAGUUUAAUUAAAAAAACCAGUUUGUAUAUUUACAUAUCAAAAUAGCAUUACUGUGAUUUAAAUUAAUGUUAUUUAAUAAAUCUUUACUGAAAACAGAAUUAAAAUACAAUUUAUUGAUGCCAUGACUCCUGAAUUAAGAUACUCUCUAUGUCAGGAGGCAGUUUCUCUACCAAUCAAUAUCGUUAUUUGGUUAGUAUGUGUUUGAGUGUGUGUGUGUGUGUGUGUGUGUGUGUGUGUUUUUGUGUGUGUUUUUGUGUGUGUGUGUGUGUGUGUGUGUGUGUGUGUGUGUGUGCGUGUAUGUAGCGCUGAAUAAAUGAGGCGCUGGACAGCUAGCUAAGUUUUUAUCAGAUAAUAGACACUAUUUUAAAUAUGUAAUUAAAAUAAUUAUUUAAUUACAUAAUCGUUUUAGUUUUUGUAUGUUCAACACACUGUGAAAUGGACUGUAUUAUUUUAUAUAACUCAGGAUUUUGGAUUUAAUUACUCAAACUUGGAUUAAGAGCCCUGGUACCUCACCGGCUGGAUCUUUUAUGUAAUGAGAAAAAGCUUGUACCCAGCAGUGGUAUAUGCAUAGGCUGUAACAUUACUUUAGCUCGUAUUGAUAGAAUCAGGCGUUACUUUGCGGAAUAAUAACAACCCCAUUAUAAUGGGUUAGCUCGUAUUUCUAAUCUCGUAGCAAAAUGGUAAACAUAUAAACGUCACUGCCAUACGUGUACAUAUACAUACAUACAUCAACGCGAUAGUGACAUUUCUCUUUGAUACACAUAUUUGAGAUCCUCCUUUUUCGCUUAUUUUUUUAUAUUGAAUACCUUUUACAAUUUUUUUUUAUUAAAGCAUGUAAGCAAUUACUUACUUCAGUUUUUGUAAGUACAAAUUAAUUUCAUAGUCUAUAUUAAAAAUAAUUAUUAUCAUACAAUACGUAUUAAAUAAAUGUUAUUAUAACGUUGUGUGUAUAGUGUUUUAAAUUAAUAUUUUGGCGUUUUCAUAUAUGUUAUAUUUGUUAAAUAUUUUUUUAAACCAAUAUCAAUAUAAUAUCAACAUAAUUUUUAACGAAGGCAAUUAUAAGACACUCAAAGAUUAAUAGUCAAAUCAUAUAAAAUAAUAUAAUAUUUGAAAUAUCGAUAUUCCAAGAAUGCUACGAGAUUAAUAUUAGAGUUCUUAAAUAUAAUUAUUCACUUUUCCUUUUCAAAACCUAUAUUUACAAUUAUUUUAAUUAACAACCACCUGUUUUACUUUUGCCAAAUUAGUGUUGUAUUAUUGUACCUGUGUUAUUAAAUAGUUAAGGUUUUUUAGGUAGAGUUCCUUUCUAGGGACACCUCCGAUAUGGACCAAUUUUUUUACAUGUUUACCAACAUAAAAGAUGAAAAACUCCCUUUGGAGUCUUUCAUCAUUUAUGAUGAUAAACAUGUAAAAAAAUUUUGGUCCAAAUCGCAGGUGUCCGUAGAACGGAACUAUAUCCGUUUUUUUUUUUUAAUUAUAUAAAGUUAAGCAGUAAUAAGGUAGAAUUCCGAGCAUAGUGCUGCGGUGUCUCCUACACGUGGCCGAGUACUAAAGUCAGCGACGCAACGCCAAUGACCAGUGGGGUUUAUAGCAAGUACGCUUAGACUUUCGUAACAUUCUGCAAUUAAAUUUCACAAAAAACUGACAUUCAGUCGUGGCAUCAACAACUGUCGCUUUUAUUUUACGCACUUCAAAAAGAAGACGUUACUCAAUUCGACUGUAUGUUUUUUUCUUCUUUUUUUUGUGUGUUUUACCUCAUAACUUUUUUCUGGGUGAACUGAUUUCGAUGAUUCUUUUUUUAUUUGAAAGCUAGUGCUUUUCAUGUGGUCCCAUAUAAAUUGAUCAAGGCUUGACCAAUAGUUUUUGAGUUAUUCUUAACAAUUUAUAUUGAAGUCGGUUGUACAAUAUUUUAAAUUUUAAAUUAUGUUUUGCUCGGAACUGCACCCGCAUUUGAAGCGUAAUGUAAUAUAAUUUAAUGAGUGAUUAUAAUAUACAGGGUUAUUUUUCAAAGAGUAACAAAAUUUUAAUCUUAAGUUCAAUUAAAUAUAUAAUGAUGUACCGUUAUUUUAGUUUUUGAAAAUUCGAGUAAAUAAGGCUUCUACUUUUAUUUCAAAUUAUCCCAAAUUGAAUGUGAUUUACGGGCAACAACGUUUUUGCCUACCGAUCGACGCUUACGUAUGUGCGCGUGCACGUGCGCAGUAUAAUCCGGUAAAAUAUUACAUUACCACGCGUUUUGAAUUUAGAAGAUAAAAAGGACAGAGUAUUUGAGAUUUUUUUAUGAAUUUUUCUUCACCAUUUGCCUAACUUACUUAUUCUGAACAUUAUCUUCAAAUUUGGCCGGUUAUUGCAAAAUAACCCUGUAUAUAAAAUAUAUAAUAUUUUUAUACGUUAGAAAAAGAUGUUGUUUUAUACAAAUAAAGGUUUUUUAAAUUAAAGGCUUAAGUACUUAUAAAAAUGUAUUAAAUCGACGAAAUUAGUGUAUAAACUUUUUAUAAUCUUAAUAAAUAGUGUUACAAAUCUAAAAAAUCCUUAUAAGGAUAAAAUUUAAAUGU